CAAGACAAGCAGUUGUGCUUCUAAAGAGCUUAAAUAAUAUAGACACAAUAGGUAGAAUUACAAGGCUUAAAAUUAGACAAGGUAUUUUUCAUAAAGAGAUAAGCCAAGAUUUUUGGAAAUGUACUGUUGCUGAGAUGGGCAAGACUAGGUGGAGAGGCAAUAUCACCUGUAAUAUAGUUGAAAGGUGCAAACAGUUCGAAGUAUUUCUUAAUACAGAUGAACAAGGGUGGCAAAUAAAGGACACAGGCUCUAUGAUAGAGGAUCUAAUACCACCCAAAGUAUUUGAAAAAACUGAGAGAAGAAUACUAAAAAGGGAAUAUCAGCUAGGCCACAAAAAUCCAAUAUAUCUUCCAGUACAGCUCAAGAAAUCAAAAACGGACAAGAGAUACAAGCCCUGGAUAGUACUAAAAGAUCAAGAUUUAACAGCUUCAAUAAUCAGUCGUGUUUUAGAUGCUACCGGUGAAGAUACAUACUUCGAACACUGGCUAACGGAGCCUGGUCACAAUACAGGGUUACUGCACCGAUGUACUGGAUGUAGUAUAAAUAUAGCAAAUGAAGCAAAUCAAUGUGUAGGCAAGAAGUCAAUAACACAAAACUUUCAUCAAGUUAAAAGUAUUGUUAAGAAAAAGAAUAAAUGGUCUAUACUAAUCCCUGCACCCUGGUUUUUUACACCUACUGUUCUUGAGCAAGGUAUAGAAGAGAGUUUUGUAGAGCUGCAGCCAAUCAAAAAUGUAGACAUCACCUUCAUUAAAAGUCAGCACUUUAAACCAAAAGUUGAAAA